AUGUCGGAUCUUCGUGUGCAGUCGAAUCAUAUAGUUGUAUGGAACCCAGCCACAAAGAAGUUUAGGUUUCUUCCUAAGACGGAUGAUCAUCAUGAUCUACUAGGGUUUGAGUUCUUUCAUGACAGUAGAGAUUACAAAGUGGUCAACAUUCUCAAACCUGGUCCUGACAACACAAUUCGAGCUAAAGUCUUCACCAGAAGUACAAAAUCUUGGAGAGAAGUCAAAAGCCACUACUUCUGUUCAUCAGGUGCAUUUUUAUGUGGAACGUUUUCUUCAAUCACCUUGAAUGGGGUGCUGUAUUCUCCUAUAUGGAUACAGGAACGAAGAUCGCAUAGAUCGCAUGUCUUGACAGUCUUGUCAUUCAAUUUUCACAACGAGGUCUUCAAUGUGAUACCAUUACCAGAAAGCAGUAGAAAAGGUCAAAUGAAACUACUUUCAUGGAAAAAUUCAUUGGCAUUUCUAGGAGGUCGUCAUUGUGAACCACCUCGUGAGCUUUGGGUGAUGACUGAGGAGCCUUCUGCUGGUACAAAACAAAUCAUUUGGGUUAAACAGUUUAUACUUGAACCCUCAGCAGUUCCGGGAUAUAUAAUUGGAUCUUGGAAGGAAUACCUUUUCGGGGAAAAUAAUUCAGAUGAGAUGCAAUGUUACGAUCCUGCGAGCCAGAAAUCAUAUGAGAUGCAAGACUUCCAAAACAUCAUGAUCAUAGAUAUGGUCUCAUUUACGAAAAAGCCAUCAACUAUGUGGAGACCCUGGUUUCAGUAG